AUGCUUAGGAAAGUAUCUGAAUCUCUUGGAAUGUCCUCUUUAGGUUUACCGAGAAGUCGUUCCCUCAAUGAAACUUUUUCCGCUCCUAGCUCUCCUAGAAAAUCACAAACGUUUUCAACUCAAAAAUAUGGUGUUACUUAUACCUUGGAUCGAUACUUGACUAAUGAAGGUCACCGACUGGUAGCCUCAUACUUUCAUCUAAAUCAAACACAAAAGCACAUACAAAAAGGAGCUUUUCACCAAAUUAAUGAAAGAGAUCUUGACGAAUUAGUAAAAUCUUAUAAUGGCGUCACAACUCGCGCAUUUGAAACAUUGAAUCAUCAACAUUUAUGUUUAACUUUGGCAGAAUGUAAAUUAUUGGCUAAAUUGUUAAAAUAUGAUGUUGUUACAAAUGUACACACUCUAAAUAUAUCGAGAAAUAGAUUGUCUGGUUCUUCGAUAAAAGUAAUUCUCGAAGCGUUGCAAAAGAAUACUACA